AUCGAUGUGUGUUCUAUGGUGUUCUGCAGCCUUCUGUCUCCACUGAAGCAGAUUGAGAAGUAGCAACUUUGCUGUUUAAUUACAUUUGCCUGCUAUUGUGCACUACAACCUUUCCUUGUUCCACUCCUCCCCUGAGCAGAUUAGCUUUGAGUAAUUUGUCAAAUGUGAUAAAGUGCAAUUAAGAAAGCACAGCAUAAUCUGGGAUCUGUGUGUAUAAAGAGAGUGAAUGCAGGGCUCCUACGCCUUCAUUACAGAAUGGGCCAAGCUGCCACCCUGCCUUGUAGGAGAGGAGAGUCUUAUAUUACAGAACUUUAUGAAUGGUACAGAAAAUUUAUCAAUGAAUGUCCAAGUGGCCUGAUCACACUUCACGAGUUUCAGAGGCAUUUUUGCGAGGGAACAGUGGGCAGUGAGUCAGCAGAGUAUGCAGAGCAGAUAUUCCGCACUCUGGACAGUAACGGGGAUGGGGUGGUUGACUUCAGGGAGUAUGUCAUGGCCAUCAGCAUGCUUAUUGAGGGUUCAGCUGUGAAGAAACUGCGCUGGUCAUUCAAGCUCUAUGACAAAGACCGAGACGGCGCUAUCACAAGGGAGGAAAUGCUGGAGAUAAUGCAGGCUGUUUAUAAAAUGAGUGUAGCAGCAGCUUUAACACAACCUAACCCACUUACAGCCGAAGAAUGUACCAACAGGAUAUUUCUGAGAUUAGAUAAAGACAAUAACGCCAUCAUCAGUCUGGAGGAGUUCAUAGAGGGAGCGCUGGAUGAUGAUUGGAUCAGAGAGAUGCUGGAAUGUGACCCCAGCACCGUAAAGGUGGAGAGGCCCCUUCAGAGGGACACCAUUCUGGGGACCCAUGGUUGACUUAAAGUGGGGUAUUCUAUUCAUGAAAAGCACAGAACUAAACCAAUAAAUGUUUGGAUUGAAAUUUCCAGGAAACUGGGGCUAACAGGACAUUCACAGGCAAAUUGUAUUAUGCUUUGUUUUGCUCUAAAAAAUAGAAAAAAUGUAGACUGGGAGAUUAGUACACAGCUAUAAAAUUAAAAACUAUAG